AUGACCAUCCAACCGACCCCAAAUUCAUUUACCGCCAGAACCUCACCCUCCCCACCCCUCCAACCCAUUCCCACCAACAACCCCCCGGUCUUCAACGACGCAAUGGCCAUCCGCCUCAAAGUCUUCGUCGAGGAACAGCACGUCCCCGCCUCGGCCGAGAUCGACGACGACGACCCCCGCAGCUGGCAAUGGGUGAUAUAUGACAGCAGCAACGGCGUCAAGACCCCCGUAGCGGUGAUCCGGCUCGUCCCACCGCCGCAUGCACCGCAUGAACUGAUCACGAAUCCGGGAGCUGAUGCGUCACUACCAAAGUACGAUAUUGCGCAUGAGCCGUAUAUCAAGUUGACGAGGGUGGCGGUUUUGAGGGAAUACCGGGGUCUUGGGCUGGGGCGCAGACUGGUUGAUGAGGCGUUGGGGUGGGCGAGGGCCAUGGGGAGGAGAUUGAGGAGGCAUGAGUUGAGGUGGAAAGGGUCGGUGCUGGUCCAUGCGCAGGUGCAGGGGGAGAAGAUGUAUGAGCGGCUUGGGUUUGUGACGGAUGAAGAGAUGGGGAGGUGGGAUGAGGAGGGGAUUGAGCAUGUAGGGAUGUGGAAGAGGAUUGACCUAGAGCCUCGUUCAUAG